UUUAAAGUCUCGCUAUUGGUCAAUUUGUCGACCAAUGGCGUGGCUUACCGGUGCUAAGCUUGGUCCUGUUUUGCGCGUGCGCAUUCUUGAACUCACGGAAGAGCACUCGUCUCUCAGAGGAUAUUAAAUCUGCUUAAAAAAGCUCUUAGGAGCUCAUCACCAGCAGUAAAGCUGUAUAAGCACUGGGUAGACAGGACCGAAGGAAGUGGCGUGACAUACGGGGAGCUGCCAGUGGACAUCGCCAUGAGUUACAAACCUAUAGCUCCUGCGCCAUCUGGCUCCAACCACACACCUCCUGGUUCCUCUGUGCCCUCGCCUUCCCUCCCGUCGUCAUCCAACUUCAGGCCAGCUUUCAGUGACUUUGGGCCGCCCUCCAUGGGUUUUGUUCAGCCUGUCAAAGUCAGCCAAGGCUCCACUUACAGCGAGCUUCUGUCCGUCAUUGAGGAGAUGAGCCGUGAGAUCCGCCCUACGUAUGCUGGCAGCAAAAGUGCCAUGGAGAGGCUAAAGAGAGGUAUAAUCCAUGCCCGUGCACUGGUCAGGGAAUGUCUUGCAGAGACGGAAAGAAGCGCCCGCACAUGACAACAUCCUCCGUUUGUAAACUAUUUCUUACUCUUCCUUCAUCGCCUCUUUCCUGGCUGGCUUUUUAAAACUGCAUCAUAUCCUUGUCCGACCAGGCCCCUCAAAUGGUCAUUAACUACAAGUUCAGUUUUCUACUGACUUUUGAGACAGAAUGUUGACAUUUUAAUUAGAACCGUGCAUAAAAUGCAUGGUGUAUUAAAAGCAGAUUUUUAUAUUAGUCAGGUUCUCCUUUAUGUUUAACAGAAAACCAAACUUUCCAGCAUCACUCUGUCCACUGAUGAUUUUUUUUUUUUUUUUUUU